CACAAACACAAACAGAGAGAGAGACAUAGGAAUAUAUAUAAAAGGCUCGCUGUUUUCUCCUUUCGCCUCCUCUUUAACUUUCCAUUCAAACUCCACGGCGCAGAUCCGAGGAGUUUGGAAAAACCCUAGCUCUCUCUUCAAACCUCUUUCAAUAAUCUUUUACUCUACUUUUCAACACUUUCAGCUAUGGCAGGUGCAGCUCCAGAAGGUUCACAAUUUGAUGCUCGUCAGUUUGAUGCUAAAAUGAAUGAGUUACUCUCAACUGAUGGACAACAGUUCUUCACCUCAUAUGAUGAGGUUUAUGAAAGUUUUGAUUCAAUGGGAUUGCAUGAAAACCUUCUGAGAGGAAUCUAUGCUUACGGUAGGAAUAUAACAAAUCGAACUGAGAAGAACAAAUCGAAGGUGAUAACAACUGGUGGGAGUUUCGGUGCUGCUGAAGGAAGAAGGAAACAAACAAAAGGAAAAAGUAAAAAUAAAGAGUGAAUGAAUUUGCGGUGAGAGUUUGGAGAGAGAGAGAGAAGAAAAUUUAAAUAAAAUAAAGAUUGUUUGGUUUUGAUGAGAA